AGGUAGACUCUUCGAACCUGGACUGGAUUAUUCUGCUCUAGUAGCAGAAUAUUUAAAACCAAGUUUGUGAUUUGUGAAACUUUUAUCAAUAUCGUAUUGUUUAAAAAUGAGGCAAUCAGAGAGAACAGUGAAUAAACUGUGUACAUUACACCAGGGCUAUCAAUGCAGUUAUUUGGCUUUUUUUCUGAAAAUGUUCUUAAUUGUGCUUCAAUAACUUGAGAGCACUUAUGACUGUGUAAACUGCUCUCCUUGUGAAACCACACCUCACUCUCAUUCUCUCUUUCUCCUUUUUUGGUCUCUCUAAAAUGCAGCACUCAAAUAAAGGAAAUGUCUACAUUUUAGCAUAUUAUGUCAACAUUGUGCACAAGUCUAAACAAUGACUUUUAUUAACUGCAACAGGGAUUCACAAAUCUAUAUUCAAAUCUGCAACAGUUUCAAACACUUAGGAAAAUCCCCCUCAUUCUUGGUAAAGGACAAAGGUUUUACUCAACAUUCUCCAAAAGAUGAUACAUUCAAAUACAUACAAAUUAAUCUCUGACUGGAAGGAACUAUGAAAUCUUGUGCAAAUGACUGCUGGCUUCUUUAUAGAUCACUAUCCUGAAACCAUGCGAUUCUGCAAACAAAGCUGGCGCCAGCUGUCGUUGAAGCUCACCUUUGCACUGGGAUCACUGUGGAUGCUGUUCCUGGUUCUUCAGACACAGUCACCCCUGUCUACUGACCUAAUCCACAGUAAUAUCUGGUUGGAGUACAGGGAUUAUGACUUUGGCCCAGAGAGAGUGUGCAACUGCUCAGCAAUCCAGGAGGGAGACAAAGAGGAGCUGCUGGAAGCCAAACUAUUAACCAUCACUAAAGAGUUCCAGAAAAAUAUUCAAAUCCCUGAUGAGAAUUACAUUAAUGAGACCAAAGACUGCAGGAAAUUCCAGUCAAAGAGGAAAUAUAUAACGUUUGCCCUUAGCAAAGAAGAAGAAGACUUUCCUCUGGCUUAUUCUAUAGUUGUUCAUCACAAAGUGCAGAACUUUGAGCGACUGCUACGAGCCAUCUACGCACCUCAGAACAUUUAUUGUAUUCAUGUGGACAAAAAAUCCCAGCCCUCUGUAGAAGCUGCAAUUACCAGCAUCGCUUCCUGUUUUCCCAAUGUCUUCAUGGUCAGACAGGCUGUGAGCGUGGUCUAUGCUGGGUGGUCUCGUGUCCAAGCUGACCUCAACUGCAUGGCUGACCUCUAUGAAUACAGUACAAAGUGGAAAUACUUUAUCAACCUGUGUGGACAAGACUUCCCUCUAAAAACCAACUUGGAAAUGGUAAGGAUGCUGCGCUCGCUGAAGGGCGGCAACAGCUUGGAGUCCGAAGAUUUCCCUGUAGAGAAGAAGUGGAGGAUAUCAAACGUUCACGAGAUUGUUAAAGGGGCAAUAAAGACGACAGGAAAGUUGAAGAGUCCGCCUCCCUUCCCCAUUAAGUCAGGAAAUGCCUAUAUUGUGGUAACUCGGGGCUAUGUCCAGAGUGUUUUGAAUGAUACUCGAGUACAAGCUCUUAUCGAGUGGUCCAAAGACGCCUACAGUCCUGAUGAGUUCCUGUGGGCAACCAUUCAACGAAUCCCUGGUGUGCCUGGCUCAACGAGACCCCACACUAAGUACGAUCAAAGUGACAUUAAUGCCAUUGCACGACUAGUGAAAUGGAGGUGGCAUGAGGGAUCACAGGAUUCAGCAGUGUAUCCUGAGUGUCAGGGGACCCAUGUACGGUCAAUUUGUGUAUACGGAGCUGGGGAUGUACAAUGGCUGCUGGAGAACCACCACCUAUUUGCCAACAAAUUUGACGCGUCCACAGAUCCUAUUCCUGUCUUCUGCUUGGAGAAACAUCUCAGACAGAAAGCUCUGGCUGAAUCAGAAGGUGGUUUUUUUUCUGGUCUUAAUAGAUAACUUAAAAUAAGAUGAUCUACUGGAACAUAUUUAUGAUUGGAUUGUACAUUUUUAGUUACAGGGGAUACAGCGGAGGGUAUUAAUAUUUUGGGGCCACUGUGGCUCAGAAGUAGGAAUUCAUCCUGUAACCAGUGGGUUGCUGGUUUGAACCCCAGCUCUGUGUAUUUCAGUCAUGUUCUUCUUCUGUCUUACCUGCUGGUGUUGUUGGUCUGACUAAGGGCCUGGUGGCGCUGAUUGUAUGCCAGCCAUGCCUUCUAAAUGUUCCACCCCUUGUAAAUAUUCUAAAUAAAUGUCUGACUGUUGAACAAAG